AUGCUUUGCCUGAUUACAGAUGAGGAAAUUAGUAUCUAUGGAACAACUUAUUCUAAUGAUUAAGUUGCUCUAGAUGUAAAAAUUUUAAAGUGUGAUCAAAUGAUUCUUAAUUAGUUUGAAACUGGCAAUUAAGAAUUAGCUAGAAUUUCAUUUAACGAAGAUGAAAAAAUAGAGUCAGUAACAAGAUAGACAUUUACUAUUUUAGAUGCUAUUACUAAUACUGGUGGAUUUAUGAGUAUCAUAUUUACAGCAGCUUAAAUGAUUAUCGGAAGUAUUCAAGCAUAGUUAUUUUAUUCAAGUUUACUAAAAAAAUCAUUCUUGACUUUAGAUGAAAGCAAGAAAGAAAAAUCGCUGAAGGAAAGAAGUGAUACUACUUUUGUAGACUUAGGCCAACUAGAUGACUCAUGCAAUAUUGCAAAAAUAGCUAAUUAAGAUUCAAAUAAGGAAUAUUCAAAUUCAAGAUAGUAAUAAUCUUUAGAUGAAAACGAUUACUAAUGGGAUUUUUUAAAUGAUGAUUCAACAAGGACAAAAGCAUCUGAUAAAUAUAAAAAUGUAAUUAAUCAGCUGAAAUUAUUCAAACAAGGCAAGUCUAAACUUGAAUCUGAAUUUGAUAUAAGCAAAAUCAUUCUAAAACUAAGAAAUCUAGAAUUAUUAUCCUAGAUAAUGAUAUCAAAGUAUCAGAGAACCAUUAUACCUUACAUGUCAGAGAAUAUUCUUAAUUUAUCAAAGGAUUAAGAUAAGAAAACUUGA